GGUCCCCUAGAAAACUAGUCCACCGUUUGAAAGGGUUUUUCUUGGGUUUUGCCCCCCAAACAUUCCUAUCUCUUCUACUGAUUUUCCUACACUUUCUCUCCACUUUUUCUUACCUUACUUGAAUUUAGAUCCCACCUUUUCCACUGCUUUUUUUUUUUUCCUUUCAAGUUUUUACGACAAGCUUCCUCUGUUAUUCUUUCUUUCUUUCUUUUUUUUUUUUUUUUUUUUGUUCUUUGAAUCAAACCAUUUCACAUACUCUUCAAACCUCCACAAAACCCUGGAAGUUUUUGCAUUUUUCAGGAUCAAAACACAACGCGAAUUUGACAACUUUUUCAAGCACCCAUCUUUCUUACAUAUUCUUUUCCGUUCUUCCAAACAGAACAGAAAAAGUUUCAAGCUUGUUUCUGGGUUCGUUCACAUGUCUACACCGAUAGACCCACUUCAACAGCAACAGUCACCGCCUGGGGGUCUGACCCAGCAAGCUUACACAGCCCAUUCCGGUCACGGGUCGGUCGGACCCGUCAUCGCCGUUCUUGCAGUGAUCACCAUUCUCGGCGUCAUCGCCGGCAUGAUUGGAAGGCUCUGUUCAGGUCGGAGAAUCAUGGGUCACGGCCAGUACGACGUCGAAGGUUGGGUCGAGAGGAAGUGCUCGUCCUGUAUCGACGGCCGAGUCGACCCACCUCCGAGGCCGCCACCGGCGCCCACCAGUUACAGCCCCGGCGAGUCGGCUCCUCCAGCAGAUUCAUCAGAGACAACGCAAGAGAUAAAGCAGGAAGAACAGUCUCAUCAACCCCCACCUGAAACCGCUCAAUCUUGAAGUGUAUGUCAAAUGGGUUUUAUCUUUUUUCUGUAAUUUUUUUUUUUUUUGGUAUAUUUCAUGACUUAGCAUAAAUCCAUGAAUUUUUUCCUAUAAAUAUCAGAAUUUUUUCUUAAAAAAUUA